CUUACCGGAAACAAAACUUUUUUUUAAGCCAAACUUGAAGCAUUGCUGAAGUCGAAAGAGGAAAAGAGCAAAAGUACCGUUACAUUUCAGCCUCGCAUACAGUUCCUUGUUUUCCAUCGUCAUGUCGGAUCUGAGAAAGUUCAGAAGAAGAGAAAUCGUCCGUUUUAACUCGAGAUAAAGACCAGCGUCGAGAGUUUUCUUUUGCAUAUAACUGGAUCAUUGUGAUUUUUUUUUUAAACAUGGAAGAUGUAGUGAAAGAGGAGCCAGUCAAGCCCAAAGAGGUGAAGAGCACUGGGAAGGCUGGCUGGUUAAAGAAGUCUUCAGGGAAGUUCUUGAGCGGCUACAAGGACCGAUUCAUUGAGCUGGAGCGAACAGAGAUUGUGAUCUAUGAGAACGAGGAAUUAACAACGUGCCUGGAAAAAUUGGACCUGGACAACUACGAUAAUUGUCAAGAGUUAAAGAGUCCAUUCAAGAAGAAACACAGGCUGGUGCUAAUACGAAACCCCAAGAGCGGUAACAAGGUCCAAGAUGUAAAAUUUCAGGCUCAAACUCCUGAAGAGAAAGAAGCGUGGAUCAAGGCAUUCAGUGAAGGCAUCAACAAGGCAAAGAAUACAAUUUUAGAUCAGGUAAAAGUGGAUGGAAGCUGCUCUUUAGAACAUGUUACACGCUCUCGGCCAAAAGGGAACCGUGGAAGAAGACCACCAACCAGGAUACACAUGAAGGAGGCUGCAAAUAUUUCAAGUGAUGGAAUUUUGAGACUGGACCUUGAAGGUGAUGUUACCAUGCAGAAUGGAACUCACACUCUUAAUACGGAAGGGGAUAAACAAACUGAAACUUUGAAGUCACCUGUGACUUUGAAUGACAUUCCUGAAGAGGACAUCAAUGAAGAUUCCACACCCCAGAAAGAAAUUAUAAAGUCACCCAUACAGCCAUCGAAAGACGGUCAUAAAGAGGAUGAACCCAACAAUGAGGAACCUUUACCCAAAAAGAAGAUUCUUAUGCCCCCAAUGCCCCCAUCAAAGCAGAAUAAACCCAAUUUCUCAGUUGAUGGAAGUGCUGUUGGAGAUAAUUCCUCAGAUGAAGAGAAUGCUGACAUCUGCGAACUGACACCGUCCAUCAAGAACAUCCAGUCCCCAGCGCCUCCAUCCAAACAUAUGAAGCCCAGUCAAAUGGUCAUACUAGCCACAGUCACAACAGAAGGAAAAGAAACUCAAGAGAAGGAUGAAGAGGUUGACGGUAAUGAUACUGAGGAAGAUUCAGCUUCGGACACUCAGAAGAGAAAUGAGAAAGAAGACCAAGUGAAAACGGAAGAGGUAGAGACCUUUACUCUAUCCAGUAAUAUUAUAAAGCCACAAGUAGUGAUGUGGGAUUCUCCCACUAUAGCAUCAAAAGAACCUCCGGGUGAACAAGAAGAGCAAAACUCAAAGAAAGCAUCAGACAUCACUGAAGAAAUUACAACCUUGAUAGAACCUUGCCAACGUAAUGUGACACCAGUUUCAACCCCUGAAGCAGUAAAAAAGAGUCCUGGACCCCUUGCUCCACCCAAGAAGAAGCUCUUGAAGCCACCUGUAAAAAAGGAGGACAUUCCUCCCCAAAGUGACCCCAUGGUCAUUACCAACACCACCACUUCAUCUUUGGAAAGGGUCUUGGAGCAGUCUUUAGAGAAAGAUGACAUCAAACUGACAACUCCAGAAUCCAAAAUUGAGCCAGGCGGCAAUAUGUCAAGUGAAGAGUUAGAGGAGAAGUCUUUAGACAGUGGUCAGCACUCAGGUGAAGAGUCUGAGAGUGGUGACCAAGUUAUGUCAUCCACCGCAAAGCUGAAAGGUAGUUCCCAGGGUCUUGAUGGGGAGACAAGUGAAGAUGAUCUAGAACCAUCCGAUAGCAAAGCCGAGAGUUUGGAGGAACCAUCUUUAGAAACCCCCACACCCGCCCCUGAGAAUUCAGUUCUCAACAUGCAUCCAACACCAAGCCAAUGUGCUAACAAGUCCCUGCACCUAACUAUGCCUCCCAAGCAUUCCUCCAAGGCUCGCUCUGCAUCCCUGGGAGACCUCUUUGCCAAAAACACAGAGAAAAUGGAAGGCAAGGGGAAAGAGAUACCAAUUAAAGAGUUGCUGAACGAAAUUGCAACUGGACAGAGUAUGGAAAUUAAGGGGAGAGCAAGUCCAGAGAAUUUUAAAGAUCAUAAAAAAAUCAACAGAUUAAGUUGGUAAUGGUAAGUAAUGGUGGAUGGAACCUGUAAGGACAACAUAAGCUUUUAUGUUGAAAAUACAAAAUAUGCAAAUUAUCAAAUGUAAUUCUUUUCCCCAACCCAAUGAAUUUGUUCAGGUCUGACCACCUUUUAAAACUUUGCCAGCCAAAAUUCUUUAUAGUUUAGCUUGUGUAGCUAUAAGUAGUUAAGAUGCUAGUCCUUCACCAGUACUUAACUAGCCUAAUCAGCAAGACUUCAUUGGUCAACCACCUUCAGCUAAGUUUUGCUGGUUCACCAGCUGAACCACAACCAAACUAGCAUAAACCAGCCUUUAACCAGCGUAGUCAUAACUGGUCUUUUCAAUGUGGGAUCCUCUUGACCAGUUCUUUGAGCUAAAUUUGAUCAUGGUACCAUUUAUUUUGUGGCACCAGCUAAUUUGCAAUGUGUUUCUACCUUGCUGAGGUAAUGAUCUUAAAGAUUCCUUAAUAUUUGUUAUUCUAUGAAUUUCGUCUUGUAGGUAGUUAUAUUGUGCACUUCAAUGGAGUGCAACAGUCAGGUAAAGUAAAAAUCCCAUUAUUUUCUCCAUAGGUACAUUUAUUUUUAUUGAUACAAAUAUAACAUAAACCUUUAAAGAACUACUGUAAGCUUGGAGGUUGUUAAUUGAUGGUAUAUGCUUCUGUUGGAGACAUCAGUCCAUGUAAUUUCAACUUCUUUUAUAAACAAUUGUGUUUAAUUGUGGAAACUGCUGGUAGUUAACGACACUACCCAUGAUUGUUAAGAGAAAGAUCCAUCAAUCAACAAAUCAUGCCCAAUAAAGCAUGCCAAAAGAGCUCCUAUGAAACACUGUAAAUGACACAAUCUUAUAUUUGGAUGUUUUACAACAAACUUAAAAUGUUUUGUUUCUAUACUUUUAAUAAACAACUUUAAAUCAAUAGUGUUAUAUUUUCAACCAAUUACGGUAAUUGCCGUAAUUACGCUAAUUCGAUUACGUCAUGCGUACUGCUUCACGCUAACUGUAGUUUAUCCCCUCAUGAAAGACGGUAAUGCAAAGUAUUGUACCUUUGUCUUAUUUUCCAACACUAUUUUGCUUUAAAUCAAAGUUUGUAAUAUUGUGAUUCACCUCAGAGCUGGUUGAUUUGUUUCAUGGCUUAGAACACUUCAUGAAGAACUUUAUGAAAUCCCUAUGGAAAAAAUUAAUAAGAACAAUAAUUCCGGGACCAAGAUGGCUGAAAAAGUGAGCGAGCACUGAUGCGCUUUAUAGACAGUAUUACUGUAGAUGUUAAAAUGGAUCACCUCUGUCACAGACUAAUUGCCCCCACAAAUGCAAUAUGCACAUAACCAUUAUUAGGAUUUUUUUGCUCAGUUAGUAUACAUUAGCUUUUAUGCUCACAGAUGUUUGUUGUGCGGCGUAUGUUGUAUGUAGAAUUUUGCACUGUUACUCCUGUAUAAAAAAUGCUGUAUGUUUUGGGGCAUCAGUCUUUAAGCUCUGUUGUUACCAGCAGACAGCUGUUCAGUUAGCAAAUAUAAAAUGAGUGAAAAAAAAAGAAAUUGCAGGGGAGAAAUGACUCUAAGAUAAUAUUGAUUACCACAAAAAUGAAAAUUGACUUUUUCUUUAAAAAAAAAAAAAAAAGCAAAAAUCUGGGUUACAGUGAGGCACUUACAAUGGAAGUGAAUGUCAUAGUAAAAGGGAACGACAAUGGUAUUUUUAAGCAAUAAGUAAAACAUUCCAUAAUCAUUCCAUAAUCUAAUGACUACCUAUUCUAAUAAAAUAUCCACGUUUUUAAAAUGUUCAUAAAUAGGAUCACAGCCUGUUUUACACAUCAUCAAUCUGUUGGAUACAGUGUUUCUACUGUACGUGUAACCUGCGUGGUGCUUUCUCGCAAAAGUGACUACAGUUUAAGUUGUUAGUAGUCUUCACUUUAGAGGUUGGAUUCCAUUUAAAAUUCAACUCUUUACAAUAAGGUUCUGUUUGUUAAAAUAAGUUCUGUAAAUGCAUUAAGUAUCAUGAUUGCAUCGUAAAUGUGAUCCUCAUGAAAAUUAGAAUUAAUGAUGAUCGAGUUUGUAAUAGUUCUGUUAUCAUGCAUGACCCUUAUAGAAAAUACUCAAUGUGGAAACCCAGAAAUGACUUUAUUGUCCAUAUAAAGCCACAGCUCUUUAUGUGUGACAGCUCAAUGCUUCGCUCAAGUUCUGCAGAAGCAAGAUUUGUGAAACAGGCCAAUGCUGUAACGCUGUGUUGAAGAUACUUUACCCAACUUCAUUAUCUGCCAUCAUCACUGUAAAGUGUUUGCACAUCAUAACACACACACAUAAUAGUGAAAGCAGUGUUAGUUAAUAGUCUCAUGUUCUUGGAAACACAGAUGAAGAGGGCACAGAGGUUUCCUGUUCACACACUUUAUUUUCUUAUUAAUAAUGUACAGAAACUAGCUUCCUCCUGCCUGGCCUAUAUUACUUUGAGCUCCAUUAUUAGAGAAUAGUUGAUAUUAUUGCUAUAUAUAUAUAUAUAUAUAUAUAUAUAUAUAAAAUGUAUGUACAGUACUGUGCAAAAGUCUUUGGCACAUGAGAUGUUUCACAAAAGCAUUUGUCUUAAGAUGGUUAUUUAUAUCUUCAGCUUUAAUGUGUCAGUGGGGAAUAUAAACGUUAGACUCACAAACAUUACUUUUGCGAAUAGAAAAGAUUAGAAUAGAAGAACAGGGAGCCCUGCAACAGAUGUCAUGGCCCCCACAAAGUCCCCCACUGAACAUCGAGUCAGUCUGAGAUUACAUAAAGAGUCAGAAGCCACUGAGACAGACUAAAGAGAGAGAAGAACUGUGGCAAGUUCAACAAGACACUUGGAGCAUCCUAUCUGCCAACAACCAAGAAAAACUGUCUCCAGGUGUACCUAGGAGAAUUGGUGCUGUUUUAAAGCCAAAGGUGGUCACACCGAAUAUAGAUUUGGCUUUUUUGGGGUUUACUGGACUUUGCAUGACAUUAAGUGAUCAAUGAAAACUAUUUAUGUCAUUAUUUUUAAAGACAUCCUCACUAUGCAACAUUUUUCACCAGUGCCUAAAACUUUUGCACAGAACUGUAUAUUCUGUAUAUUAAGAAAUCUUUGCUGUGUGUAAGAGAUAGUUAGUUUCACUUCUACUUUGUUUUCUAAAUUAAGAACAGAGGGGAAGAACAUUUAAAAGGCACAGUUACUCUAGACACAACAGAGCUGAGUGAAAAGUUUCUUUGUGGUACAAUUUAGUAAAAUAUGAUCUUGCAUGUUAAUAGCACUUGACAUAAAGUACUUAGUCUUUGAUAAUGAAUACAAUUUUUAUUUUAGAUCUCUGCCCUUCUGGUCUUACAUUUCUUAGCAUCUUCCCUCUGAUGUUACAAUGUGUAUGAUUUAGCUCAUAUUUCAAUGAAAACUAUAGCUCAGUGAAUAUAUGAACAUUAUGUUGUAAAUAACAUGGCUGCCAGUGAAAUGCUUAAUAUUUAAGUUAUUCAUGUUCUGACAUGUCUUUUUAAAAACAAUGCUUACGAUCACAUAUACGAUUCACUGUUGUAUGUCUAUAAUUUGAUUAUUAAUGUUUGCUAGAGGCUUACGGUUUUAAUAUGUCGUACAGUAUUCGUUAAUGGUUGUUGUGUUUACUAACUGGUCUAAUAUAUAUUUAUAAAACAAUCUAAAUGGAUAUGGAAUGUGCAAAAAUUGGGAAAUAAUUGCUUUGUAAUGCAUUUCUUAAUAAAGACCAAGUGUGUCCUUAACAUGCAA